UUUUUUACAGUAAUACAAAUUAUAUUUUUUAUUUCCAUCCAGACCUGAUCAUCGUAAAUACUUAAUUUUGAAAUGUUGCUUAAGAAAUUCAAGGCAAAGAUAGUCCCCUCCAGCUUUCCCUGGUGCGUGAUGGUACGUACCGUCUUCAAGGUCGCGAUUGUGGGUGCUGGCGGCGGGAUUGGACAGCCACUGUCGCUGCUCCUGCGCCAGGUCGAGGGUAUCGACGAGCUUGCCCUGCACGAUCUGCGUGGAACGAAAGGAAUCGCGGCCGAUACCGGACAUAUAUCCGAACAUGGAACGGUAAGUGGCUACGUGGGCAAGGAAGAGCUGGAGCCGGCAUUGCUGGGCGCCAAUUUAGUGGUGGUAACCGCGGGAAUGCCCCGCGUCCCGGGCAUGACGCGGGACCAUCUGAUGCAGGCCAAUGGUGGCAUUGCCAUCCAUGUGACCAAAGCUAUUGCCUGCGCCUGUCCCGAGGCACUGAUCGCUAUCUCCACGAACCCCAUCAACAUUGUUGUCCCGACUGCCGCUGAGGUUCUCAAGGAAGCUGGGGUCUUCAAUCCAAACCACCUGUUCGGGAUCACCACCUUGGAUGUGGUGCGCUCCAAGAAGUUCAUUGGCGACCACAUGAACAUCAAUCCGCUGAAGGUGAAUAUCCCGGUGAUCGGAGGGCACACCGGACCCACCAUCCUGCCGCUCUUCUCCCAGUGCCAGCCCGCGUUCAGGGGCGACAACGAAGACAUCGAGAGACUCACGCAUCGCAUCAAGGAAGCCGGCACUGAAGUGGUUUUGGCCAAGGGCGGCGCUGGUUCGGCCACUCUUUCCAUGGCCUAUGCCACUUGCUGUUUCGUGCAGUCCCUGAUUCGGGCCCAAAACGGACAGGAGGCCAUCAUUGAGUGCUCCUUUGUCGCAUCCGAUGUGGCAGACGCCCCCUUCUUCGCCGGUCCCGUGGAGCUGGGGAAGGAAGGCAUCAAGCGCUGUUUAAAAAUCCCUCAACUGAAUGAAUUCGAACAGAAGUCCCUGGACAAACUGCUCCCCAUCCUGAGGAAAAACAUCGAGGACGGCGUCAACUUUGCCAAAACAUUUACGAAAUAAUAAGCCCAAUAUAAAAAAUAUAUUAAGUGGUAUACUCUUUAACUCCAUUUUUGGCUUGGGGCUAAGCCUGUAAAACUAAGAGCAGGGAGAAAUGCAGGAGCGGGGCAUCAAAAAAACCAUUCUUACGAUGCCAAAUAAAAAUUCUUGGCUCUCUUGGCGUGAAAAACUACAC